AUGCACACCGGAAGCAGGCCGACAGUUGAGCCGACGCCUAACAAAAUCUCUUUCACUGACGAGGACGCAUUCCUGUUCGACCACCCCCACUCAAACGCCCUGGUGAUCACGGCCCCAAUAAUGGCGAUAAAAAUCCACCAUAUAAUGGUCGACACCGGGGCCUAUGCGAGUAUCUUAUACUAUAGAAUAUUUAAGAAGAUGGAGAUUGACAGGAAGGAGAUGCAGCCCUGCCGAGAGCGGAUCCAGGGGUCUAAUGGACAAAUGACGACCCCCAUUGGCCAAGUGAUGUUGCCGAUUAGGUUCGUGGAGAAGAGACAGCCCACACGGACGAUACUUGAAACUUUCAAGAUAGAGGACUGCCCAAGUGAAUACAACGCCAUCCUGGGCAGGACGGCUCUCUACAAGCUGAGGGGUGACGUGUCCAUUUACCAUUAUUCCAUUAAGUUCCCGAGCUCGGACGGGGAAAGGACCCAUCGAGGAGAUCAGUGA